UUGCGGUUUGCUGCUAUUGUUGAUCGCAGUUUCUUUCGUGAAAAAUAUGUGAUAAUGUACCAAAAAUUUAAAUAAAUUAAUGAAAGGAAAUUAAAACUUUUCACAGCCACAGAUAAUGUGAGGUCAUUAUGAAUCCGAAUGCUGUAUAUCAUUUAUUUUUGUUAUUUUACUCUAUUUUCGUAGCACAGGCUAGUAUCAAAUCACACGAUGUUCGAAACUACAUGGGGACUCGCACACCGUACCGAUUUCGCUCGAAUAAGGAUGAUUCGAAGAUUAAAUUCCCAGAAUGUAAAGACACAAAAAUUUGGAUGAUUAUUCGCCAUGGGACGAGGUUACCCAGUGCCAAAGAUAUUAGUGGCAUGAACGGUACUCUAAAGGAUUUAAAAUAUGAUAUUUUGUUGGCACAUCAGCAAGGAAAAGGUGAACUGACAGCAGAACAACUGAAGAGACUAGAUGAGUGGUCAACCAACUUGGAUGUAGAAAACCAGAAGAUUCUUACCAGGGAAGGACAGGAAGAGAUGGUUCUGUUGGCCGAGAGAAUGAAGAAACGCUUCCCCAAUGUCAUCAAACAUAAAUACAAUAAUGAGACAUUCCUGUUUCGAUAUACAGCUACAGAGAGAGCUCAACAGAGUGCUAGGUUCUUUACAAUAGGCUUGUUUGAUAGAAAAAAUGCACAAGAAGUACUAUUCCACCCGGCUACCAAAGUGGACCCAGUUUUGAGAUUUUACAAGCACUGUGACAAGUGGCAAAAGCAAGUUAAGAAAAACUCGAGUACGUACGAGGAGCAAAACGCUUUUGGCAAUAGUCUCGAAAUGAAUAAUACAUUGGAGUCUAUAUCAAAGAGGUUGGGUCUCAAUACUGUGCUCAGUUUAGAUACAGUGAACCUUAUGUACAAGAUAUGUGGAUUCGAGUCUUCGUGGGGUAAGCACCGCAUAUCGCCCUGGUGCUAUGGCUUCGACAAGGACAGUGCGGAGAAGUUGGAGUACUACCAUGACCUGAAGCACUACUGGAUGGACGGCUAUGGGCACGACCUGACGUAUCGUCAAGCUUGUUUGGCCAUCAAGCACAUGUUCGAGAAUUUCAGUGGCAACACAGGCCCGAACGCAACAUUCAUGUUCGCUCAUUCUGGAACCCUGCUAAAGUUGCUGGCACACCUUCAGUUGUACAAGCCGGAGAGCCCUCUGCGAGGCGACGCGGUACAGGGGGACCGACAGUGGAAGACCUCCCAUAUCGACUGCUUCGCGUCUAACCUCGCUUUUGUAUUGUUUAAAUGCAAAGACGGCGAUAAAGUGCUGGCUCUCCAUCAAGAGAAAACCAUCAAGCUACCGAUGUGUGACAGUGAACUGUGUCCACUAGACCGUCUCUUGAAAUACUUCCACAAUUCCAUAUACGACUGUGAUUAUAAUGAUAUGUGUAGUCUUAAUAACAAUGACACACGCUAAUAGGACCAGAAAAUAUAGAAAAAUAUACUGAUAAAUCACAGAGUAAUGAAAAAGUUGCCGUAUGAUAGCUCCGUUGUGACCAGUGCUGUGCCGUGCACGGGAAUGUUCCCUGUUGUCCUUUUAACGUUUUUUUUUGUUUUGGUUUUCCCCGAAGAGCAAGGCAAAGGAAACUAUGCCCAUACAGCCAUGUCUCAUGUAUUUUUUUCAUAAUGAUGAUUAAUGAAAUGAUGAAAGGUGAUGACGAUGAAUGAUGAAACCUAAGCCCCCACCCUUGGAGCCGACUCCUACUCCGAACCCCAAACGAAUUAACUCAAAAGUCCGCAUAAACUUUCGAGAUAUAAAGCGGCUUGUUGGCACGAAGCGAAAAUGGAUAGAUACACUUUGUUUAUUGAAUAUUCCGAUACAACAACACUAUCGCGAAUGUUUUUCGACUAACUAAAUGGUAUCAUUAACCACAAAACACCACUUCGUAUUAAUUAUUUAGAUUCUUCAAUGAAGAAAGCAACUGUCCCGUUCCCGUUUCCGCCAAAAAUUCCUCCUUUUAAUGUCUUAUCUAGCCUAAAGUGUUCCACUGCUGGGCAAAGACCACCCUCCAUUUCUUCCAGGACUCACUCCAGUGCUUCCUCCGGCCAGCUUUCCAGAAAAGCAUCCAAGUCCGCCUGGGUCUCUAUUCGGAGACCAUUCUGUGGUGAUCUCUGACUCCUUUUAAUAUAGGGUAACGUCUGUGGAUACCUUUUUACUAAAUUCGAUUCGCCAUAGUAAUCUACGUUACGAACGGGAAACACUGUAAAAUAUCUCCCGCGGCCCUUCAAACCAGUGUUAAAAAAACUAAGUACCUAAAAAAAUCACAACGAAAACUAUAAACCUACGUAAUAAUAAGUUGUACAUAGAAUGUAAAGGAUUUUCGAAUUGGUAAAAAGUACAUUAUGUAGGUACCUACUUUGCUUUAAAAUCGUCCGUUGUAGUAAUAUACGCACACAUUUAUAGACGUAUUAUGAAUGUUGUUAAAAAAGAAUACGUAAUUACAAAUGCUACGUUAAUAUCAAUUAUUUUAAUAUUUGUAUCUAAAUUGAACUGAAUAAACUUACUGCUAAAAGCUACAA